GGACGCACUUGUGUGUGUCUGACCCAGUAAGACUGUAGAACACUUGGGGGGUUAAUCUCAAUGGUGGAUUGGGUAAACGUGGCCAUCUCGCCUUUUGCUCCUUCAAAGUUCGAAGCCACCGAAGCUGAAAAAGCUUUGAUUUUAACCUCAGAUUCGCUUUCGUUUUGUCCCUUUCCCCCCAGUUUGGAGGUUUUCAAACGGAGACCGGGUGACUGUGGCGGUUCGAUGACUAUUUCCCGUUCUAAGUCGUAAUUCAACUUCGUUUAGCUGGUUAUUCUCUGUGCAUCUUCGGGCGGUUGAAACAUUACUGCUUGUAUUUGGUGCCAAUUGUGCUGUUAAGUUAGAAGGAUUUUGAUUAUAUAGGACAUAGUUGUUUGCUUAAAGAUAUUGAAUUGAGAUAUAGUUUAGGGCUCUAGUUGAAGAGUUGGCGAUUUGGUGGUGCUGCUAAAGAAUGGAGGGGAAGGGGGGAGAGAACUGGAGAGAAUUGGUGAAAAAGAUGCUCCCACCGGGAGCUUCUCUCCCUGAAGAUGAUGGAGAUCUUGAUUACUCUAUUGCUUUGGAGUAUGAGGGCCCGCCGGUUUCUUAUGAAGUCCCUAGAGUGGAACCCCUUGAUGUAAAUUCUCGUGCAAUCCCAACUGCAGAACCCCUGUCUGAAUCACAAAGAUCUGCUGUUGUUGCCUGUCCUCCUGUAGUUGAACCUAUACCUUUGCCGGUGUCCUAUAUUGCUGGUGUCACGAGUUCACCUACGCAAAGUCCUAGGGUGUCGGGCAGUUCAGAGUCUGUUGUGUCUGUCUUGCAACACCGUGAUUCUUCUUCUGCUUCUCCCUCUGCUUCACCAGGUUCAGUUCAGAAUCCUCUUGAAAAGGUUGUUAAUGAAGUAAGGAGAGCACCUGUUGUCACUUUUAAUACAGUUGAUAGAUCUGAGAGGAAAGAGGUUGAUGUGGAGAAGCCAGAUUUUAUGUAUGUUGGGGUUUCAAAAGAGAAGAAGAAAAAGAAAAGUAGAGUUUGUUAUCGUUGUCAAAAAGGGAAGUGGGAAACAAAGGAGUCGUGCCUAGUAUGUGAUGCUAAGUAUUGCAGCAAUUGUGUGCUUAGGGCAAUGGGAUCAAUGCCUGAAGGGCGCAAGUGUGUAACCUGCAUUGGUCAGCCGAUUGAUGAAUCAAAGCGGUUAAAAUUGGGCAAACAUUCAAGAGUAUUAACACGAUUACUCAGUCCUUUGGAAGUCAAGCAGAUUAUGAGAGCAGAGAAAGAGUGUUCCGCUAAUCAGCUUCGGCCAGAACAGCUAAUUGUCAAUGGAUUUGCUCUGAAGCCGGAAGAGAUGGCAGAAUUACUUGGGUGUCCUUUACCCCCACGAAAGUUGAAGCCCGGUAGAUAUUGGUAUGACAAGGAAUCCGGUCAAUGGGGAAAGGAGGGAGAAAAACCAGAUAGAAUCAUAAGUUCAAACUUAAAUUUCACUGGGAAACUAAGCCCCGAUGCAAGCAAUGGGAAUACUGAAGUUUACAUUAAUGGCCGAGAAAUUACAAAGCUUGAAUUGAGGGUGCUACGGCUGGCAAAGGUGCAGUGUCCACGGGACACUCAUUUUUGGGUGUAUGAUGAUGGUCGUUAUGAAGAGGAAGGUCAGAACAAUAUUAGGGGUAACAUUUGGGAGAAGGCAUCAACACGGUUUGUUUGUACCCUGUUCUCUUUGCCUGUGCCCCUUAGUCAACCUCUUGGAGCAAGAGAUGAGCCUAGCAAUUAUACAACGGUUCCAAAUUAUCUGGAGCAGAAAAAAAUUCAGAAACUUCUUCUUCUUGGACUUCAAGGCUCUGGAACAAGUACUAUCUUUAAGCAGGCCAAAUUUUUGUACGGGAACAGGUUUUCCACAGAAGAAAUGCAGGAUAUUAAGCUGAUGAUCCAGAGUAACAUGUACAGAUAUCUCAGCAUUUUGCUUGAUGGACGGGAGCGCUUUGAGGAGGAGGCCAUGUCUAGAAUGAGAGCACUAACCCCCAAUGAUCAAAACACUGAAGCAGAUGGAGAGGUUGAUCCUAAUGAAACAAAUCAAUCUGUCUAUUCCAUCAACCCCAAGUUGAAGCAUUUCUCUGACUGGCUCCUGGAUAUUAUAGCAACUGGAGAUUUGGAUGCGUUCUUUCCUGCAGCAACUCGGGAGUAUGCUCCAUUAGUUGACGAGGUGUGGAAGGAUCCUGCUGUACAGGAAACAUAUAAAAGAAAAGAUGAGCUUCACUUCCUUCCAGAUGUUGCAGAGUACUUCCUGAGCAGGGCUGUUGAGGUAUCUAGCAAUGAAUAUGAACCUUCAGAGAGAGACAUACUAUAUGCAGAAGGAGUCACUCAAGGAAAUGGUUUGGCUUUCAUAGAAUUCUCCCUUGAUGAUCGAAGCCCAAUGUCUGAAACCUACACAGACAAUGUAGAGGCUCCACCCCCGCCUCUGACCAAAUAUCAACUUAUAAGGGUAAAUGCGAAGGGGAUGAACGAGGGAUGUAAGUGGGUGGAAAUGUUUGAAGAUGUUCGUGUGGUUGUGUUCUGUGUUUCCCUUAGUGAUUAUGAUCAGAUGGGGCUUGCCUCAGAAAGUAAUGGCAGUGGAGUCCUACUUCAAAACAAAAUGAUGCAAAGCAAGGAGCUGUUUGAGAGUAUGGUCAGACACCCUUGCUUUAAGGAUACACCAUUUGUGUUAGUAUUAAACAAGUAUGAUCUCUUUGAGGAGAAGGUGACUCGGGUGCAUUUAAGUGCUUGCGAGUGGUUCAACGAUUUUAGUCCGGUGCGGACGCACCACAACAACCAGUCAUUGGCCCAUCAGGCAUACUUCUAUGUUGCAAUGAAGUUCAAAGACCUUUAUGCUUCCAUCACAAGUCAAAAGCUUUUUGUGUCGCAAGUUAGGGCUAGGGACCGAGUGACCAUCGAUGAGGCAUUCAAGUAUAUAAGAGAGGUUCUCAAAUGGGAGGAAGAUAAGGAUGAGAACUACUACGGCGGAGUAGAAGAUUCAUUUUAUAGUACAGACGUGAGCUCCUCACCGUUUGUCAGACAAGAGUGAUGUGCUUGAGAGAUCUUCUGUGUAUUUGCUUUACGGAUAAAGUUCAAAAGGGAAACAUUUAAUAUGCUCUGCUUCAUUUCCUCAUCCAUAUAAAGUUGAUCUCUUUUUUC